CAUGCGCACUGUCUUAUUCAAACAUGGCCGCCAGCUGCUCUCUGUGUGUGUGUGAGCGACAUUAACUGGAUGUUCGCUGUGUCAACGUCUGUGUAAACAUCUGUGUAAACAUCUGUGGCUGAAGACGGAGACAUCUUGAGUUUCCGGAUCAUUUGAAAAAAACACUUCAACAUCUCAGUCUGAGCCGCCGCGGCUCUUUGUUCGCGGCCUCCGGGGAGAACUCCAUUACCCGGCGUCCCUCUGGUGCGUUGCGGGCGCUCCCCGCUGUGUCGGUGCCUUCCCCGCACCGGAGGCUCCGGACCCGCAGCUCCUGCCCGGGCAGAGAGCUCCUGAGAUGGGCCACUGAAGAGAGAGACGCCGCCCUGCGAGUCCUCCAAGCGAGUCCACCAUGAUGUCGAUGACUUUUGAGGUGUCGAACAGCGUGACCCUGCUGUUCGACUUCUGGAACGUGAACGGGCCUGUGGGAAUGGGGCUGUCGGUGUUUGUCGUCUUGCUCCUGACAGUUUUCUACGAGGUGCUUAAGGUUUGGAGGGUGUGGCUGGGAAAUAAGUCAAAGCUGACACAGCCGUACCUCAGCCCCACGUCCCUCCACAGCGACUGCAUCUCCACACUGGAGAGAAGCCCCUCCCAGUCCUCCGUGACCCCCAUCGAGCCUUCUCCUCCAGCUCCAAGCACCAGGUACAGCUGGUUACUGCACGGUAUCCAGACCGUCCUCCACAUGCUGCAGGUGUCUCUCGGCUACAUGCUGAUGUUGUGCGUCAUGACCUACAAUGUCUGGAUCUUCGUCGGUGUCAUCAUAGGUUCUGUGCUCGGUUAUUUCAUCUCGUUCCCUCUGCUGGGUCAAAUCUGAUGGUAUGGACAGUUCACAAAUCUGGAUUUAAGACGGAGGAGCUGGUUUUUAUUUUCUCUUGCUCUGGAUACUAAAUGGGAAACCACUCAAUGACUCAUUUCUGCAUGUUGGUCUGUUGCUCUUUGGUUGGGUGUUUGUCAAAUUUUAACUCUUGGGAAACAAGAAAGAGGGAUCGUAUUGCUUUUAUGCUUAAAAAUUAACUGCACAAUAAUACGGAUAAUAACAAUCUUCACCACUAAUUUCAGUCCUCGGGACUCAUUUCCUUUUUCCCUUCACACGCAGCAAAGGGGUUUAAAUCAUGCACAUGCUGCGUUCCUUAUACUCUAGUUUUAUUUAUUCACGGUAAAAUGUUUUUGAAGGAGGAGAAAUUGUCCUCGGAAACAUGGAAUGGGAAGUCUUCCACUGUUUGUAGCUUUCGUCAUAUUUUUCUGAUCAGCACUGACGGCCGUUGAGUCACAGGUCAUUUUAAGAUUGUGCUCUGUCAGAUGGAGGAACUGGACCAUGUGAUUUUUCUUUUUUCUUUUUUAGCUUGUAAACCUCUCACAGAUGGGAAUCAUUCUCACGUGUACAUGGGGACAGUGAACGUAGGUCAUGUGGUUCUGUGGAAAUCACUGACAAACCGAGAAGCACAUAAGUAAAGAAAAAAGCCAGUGCCUUGUAACUAACACUUUCAGAUGUAUUUUAUUGAAAUAUGCUCCUCCUCUCUUUUGAGGAACUAUUUUUGUAACUGAUUCUGAAACAUGAGAAGAAACGUGUGUCUGAUCAUCUGCUGUGUGUCACUUACUAAAAUAAAAAAUGUCUUGAUUUAACAUUUAAAAUCAAGAAUAAAGUUGAUAAAA